UCCACAGAGCACAGAAGUCCAGUUCUCACCAGGACACACAUUUGGACAGACCAGGCUCCUCAGGUCUCCACAAUGCCCAUCCCUCCUCCUUGCCUGCUGCUGAUUCUAAUGCUGGGACUCACAGGAGUGGCAGGUGAGGAGGGGCUGCAGGUGCUUCAGCCUGAGAGGUCCGUGUCUGUCGCAGCUGGAGAGACGGCCACUCUGCCCUGCAUUGUGACCUCCCUGAUCCCCAUUGGGCCCCAAAAGUGGUUCAAGGGGACAGGACCAGCCCGGGAGUUAAUCUACAAUUUCAAAGGAGAUGGGAGCCACUUCCCCCGAGUAACAAAUGCUUCAGAUACCACAAGGAGAGACAACAUGGACUUUUCCAUCCGCAUCCGGAACAUCAACCCCGCAGACGCCGGGACCUACUACUGUGUGAAGUUCCGGAGAGAGACCCCUGUGGACGUGGAGUUUAGGUCUGGGCCGGGCACUCAGCUCACUGUGAGUGCCAAGCCCUCUCGGCCCGUGGUCUCAGGCCCUGCGGCGAGGGCCACACCUGAGCAGACAGUGCGCUUCACCUGCAAAUCCCACGGCUUCUCUCCCAGAAGCAUCUCCCUGAAAUGGUUCAAAAAUGGCAAUGAGCUCCCAGCCUCCCAGACCAGCGUGGAGCCCGAGGAAAACGUUUCCUACAGCAUCUCCAGCACCACCGAGGUGCUGCUGGCUCUGGGGGAUGUGCACUCCCAGGUCAUCUGUGAGGUGGCCCACGUCACCCUGCAAGGGGGCCCUCCUCUCCGUGGAACUGCCCACUUGUCUGAGACCAUCCGAGUUCCACCCACCCUGGAGGUUACCCAACAGCCCCCGACGGGGAACCAGGUGAAUGUCACCUGCCUGGUGAAGAAGUUCUACCCCCAGCGCCUACAGCUGACCUGGCUGGAGAACGGAACCGUGUCCCGGACAGAAACGGCCUCGACCCUCAUGGAGAACAAGGAUGGGACCUUCACCCGGACCAGCUGGCUCCUGGUGAACUCAUCUGCCCACAGGGAGGCCCUGCUGCUCACCUGCCAGGUGGAGCAUGACGGGCAGCCGGCGGUCACCAGAAACUAUGCCCUGGAGGCUUAUGUCCACCAGAAGGAACAAGACACAGGUGGAAAUCAUGACCAAAAGAUAGCUUGUCCUCUCCUAGUAACUCUUAUCCUAGUGCUGAAGGCCCUGCUGCUGGUGGGUGUCUCUGUCAUCUUUGUCCACAAGAAGUUUUGGACCUGACCCUCCUUCCUCACCCCCUUGCUGGUGUCACUCUCCAUCUCGCCUGCUUCAUUCUUGCCUGAGGGGCCCAGCCCAGGAGAAGGACCCAACUGGAAGCUGCCAUGACUCUACUCCGAAUUCCUCGCCUCCACGGAGGCCUGCCUCUACACAUGCUCCAGGAGCAGCCAGAGCUGCGUCUUCACGCAUGGUCCCGAGCAGGGAUCAUGGCCGGGUAGCUCAGGGGACCGAUUCACGAUGUCUGCCUGGAAUGUGAGAAAUAAGGCCAGUCAACAGAGAUCAAUGGCUCUCCCCCAUGGCCAGGACCUACACAUCAUGUCCCUCCUCAAAGGAGUUUUUCUGUCUUGUGGGUUCCUGCCUUCAGCCAACUCCCUACCCUUUGAUGUGCUCCUUUACAUCUUGAGAACACAUGGGUCCCCAUCCCGACUUUAGGAAGAAAAGUGGUUCUCCUGCCUUUUUUAUCUUCCCUUUUUAUGGCCACCCCUCUGCCACAUAGACGUUCCCAGGCUAGGGGUUCAAUGGGAGCUGCCACUUCAGGCCUGUGCCACAGCUAUGGCAAUGCCAAUCCAAGCCACAUCUUCAACCUAUGCUCCAGCUUAUGGCAAUACCAGAUCCUUACUCACCGAGCAAGGCCAGGGAUCAAACCCACAUCCUCGCAGAUACUCUGUUAUGUUCUGAACCCACUGAGCCACACCAGGAGCUCGUCUGCUUUCUUAGUGCCCUAAUGUCCUAACCCUCAAACCCAGAAACUCUCAUCCCCUCCUCUCUUUGCUAUGGGAACACUCGUUCUCCUAUCAUCUUGCAUCUGGUCUACCUCUGUGGCUCGUGGUAAAUACACUGUGUCCAGAAGCCUUG